AUGUUGGCGUGCUGCUGCUUUGUUGUGUCCCAGCUGCUCAUUGUAAUAACGCUUAUGUACCUUGUCAUGGCCAAGAGCAAGGUCCGCAGUGGCACGUGCUCAUCGGCGACGGUGCCGCUUCCACUUCCGCCGGGGCCAUGGCCGUGGCCAGUGGUGGGUAGCCUGCCCGAGCUAGUGCUCAACAAGCCGGCGUUCCGUUGGAUCCAUCGCGUGAUGAAGGAUAUGGGCACCGACAUCGCUUGCUUCCGCCUUGGCAGCGUCCACGUCGUCCCGAUCACAUGUCCCAAGAUCGCAAGGGAGGUGCUCAAGAAGCAGGACAAAAACUUCUCGUCCCGUCCACUCACCUUCGCCUCCGGCACCAUCAGCUCCGGGCAUGUCGCGCGGCAUUACUGCGGCAACGUCAUCCGCCGGCUUGUCUUCGGCCAACGGUACUUUGGGGAGCCUCAGCCGGACGGCGGGCCGGGGCCGAUGGAGAUGGAGCACAUGGACGCUUCCUUCGCCCUCCUAGGGUUCACCUUC